CAGUCUGUACAAGAAAAAGAUCUAACAGAUUUGGUGCAUGUCUAAUAAUAGAAGCAUCACACAUUUGCAGAAAAACAAGGAAAGCUGGUCCACAAGAAAAUAACUAUAUCACAAGUAAAAUGGCGAAUUACACAUGCCAUUUAACAAACUCAUCUUUGAUGGAGGAAGAACUGAAAUCCCACAAAACCAAACCUGUCUAUCAGAAUCUGCAGUCUUUUUAAUUGUUGUGUUCUUAAUAAGAAAAAGAUAUAAGUAAUUUUUACAACUUUGUUCAUCACUCAAGUCUUGUUUUAUUUAUGUUAUAGUGGAGAAGCAUGAAAGGAAAUGGAGAAGCAUCAGUAGGGGAAAAAAGGAGGGAUAAAAAAGUGGCAUUCUACAAGCUGUUCACUUUUGCAGACAGCCUUGACUGGGUUUUGAUCGUUGUUGGCACAGUAUGUGCCACUGCUCAUGGACUUUCUGAUUCUCUAAUGAUACUAAUUUUCAGCAAGAUUAUCAACUCUUUCGGUACAGCUCAGAAAUCUGAUAUCAUAAGACAAGUUUCAGAGAUAGCAGUGACGAUGGUGUACUUGGCAGUAGGUACAGGCAUUGCAUCUUUUCUGCAGGCCUCAUGCUGGCUGACCACUGGAGAAAGACAAUCUGUGCGCAUUCGGGGCUUGUACUUGAAGACAAUCUUAAGACAGGACAUUGCUUUCUUUGAUACUGAAUUAAGAACUGGUGAGGUCAUUGAGAGAUUGUCUAGCAACAGCAUUCACAUUCGAAUUGCCAUUGCUGAGAAGGCUGGGAAGUUAAUACAGCUAGUUUCUGCUUUUAUCGGUGGCUUUACGGUUGCUUUUGUGAGAGGAUGGCACCUUGCACUAGUUUUGGCCUUCUGCGUUCCGGUUCUGGCAAUUAAUUUUCAAAUCCUGUCAAUCGUCAUGUCAAAAUUGGUAAUCCGACAGCAGCUGGCUCGUGUAGAAGCUGGAAAUGUUGUAGAACAAACCAUUGGAGCCAUUAGAAUGGUUGCGUCCUUCACUGGUGAGAAGCAUGCUAUUGCAAAAUACAAUGAAAAGCUGAGAAUUGCUUAUAAAGCUAGUAUGCUACAAGGUUUGGCUAUGGGCUUCUUCAUUGGUGUACUGUUUUUUGUUCUCUUUGUGACUUAUGGGCUUGCAUCAUGGUAUGGUUCCAUAUUGAUCAUACACAAAGGUUAUAAUGGUGGACAAGUGAUCUGUGUUAUUAUGGCAAUCACUGGUGCUGCAAUGGCACUCGGUCAGGUUUCUUCAUUUUUGAGAAGUUUCACGACAGGCCAAGUUGCAGCCUACAGGAUGUUCAAAAUCAUUGAAAGAAAGUCGAAAAUCGAUUCGUACAGCAGUCGUGGGAUGGUCUUGGAAGACAUCAAUGGUGAAAUUGAACUUAAAGAUGUAUAUUUCAGAUAUCCAUCUAGGCCUGACGUUGAGAUUUUUUCUGGACUUUCACUACAUCUUCCAAGCAGCAGAACAGUAGCUUUAGUAGGGCAAAGUGGAAGUGGGAAAUCAACUGUAAUUAGUCUGAUUGAGAGGUUCUACGAUCCUGAUUCUGGUGAAAUACUUGUGGAUGGUUUCAGUUUGAACAAGCUGAACAUAAGUUGGCUCAGGGAAAAGAUUGGCCUGGUAAGUCAAGAACCUGUUCUCUUUGCAACUAGCAUAAAGGAGAACAUAGCAUACGGAAAAGAAAAUGCAACUGAUGAGGAAAUUAGAUUUGCUGUUGCGCUUGCUAAUGCUGCUGAAUUCAUUGACAAGAUGCCACAGGGGCUUGGCACAAUAGUAGGUCAACGUGGUACUCAAUUAUCAGGAGGACAGAAGCAAAGGAUUGCAAUUGCAAGGGCCAUAGUGAAGAAUCCAAAAAUUCUCCUUCUUGAUGAACCCACCAGUGCACUGGAUGCAAAAUCUGAACACAUUAUUCAGGAUGCACUUGUCAAAGUUAUGUCUAACCGAACAACUCUGAUUGUAGCUCAUCGUUUGACGACUAUCAGGAAUGCUGAUGAGAUACUAGUUUUGCACAGGGGUAAAGUUGUGGAAAAAGGCACUCAUGAAGAAUUAAUACAAAACAUGGAAGGAGCUUAUUCCCAACUAGUUCGCCUCCAAGAAGUUAAGGAGGGCACUCAUUCCCAUGCCAAAGAUGAAGCUACUUCAGAAACUACUCUCAAUGAAGAUAAGCUCCUUUCAAGUUCUGGCACACCUGACAUUCCUGAAACAAGUGUGCCUAGACCGGAUAACCUCCAUGAGGGUCUGAGCAGUAAUAAAAUAAGUGAGAAGCCUAAAAAAGGUUCUCUCAAACGGCUUGCCUACCUGAAUAAGCCAGAGCUGCCUGUUCUCUUGCUUGGAACUAUUGGUGCAAUGUUAUAUGGGGUAGUUUUUCCCAUUUUUGGCCUGUUAACCUCAAAAUCUAUUGUUCUGUUCUAUGAACCUCCAAGGAAGAUGCAAAACGACUCUAAGAUUUGGGCAGCUUUCUUUCUUGGCCUGGGAUUCAUUACCCUUGUGGGUAUAAUAACUGAGAAUUUCUUCUUUGGAAUUGCUGGCGGAAGAUUGAUUGAACGAAUUUCUUCCAGGUCAUUUCAGAGGGUUGUGCACCAAGAAAUUAGUUGGUUUGAUGAUCCUACAAAUUCCAGUGGUGCAGUAAGUGCAAGAUUGUCAAUCAAUGCUACUACAAUUGAAACUGUCAUUGGUGAAGCCUUACCCUUAGUCAUAAAAGCCUCAACGACAAUGAUAACAGCACUACUUAUAGCAUUCACAGCUAAUUGGAUUCUGGCAUUUGUGGUAGUUGCUGUAUCCCCCUUGCUAUUUCUCCAGGGAUAUGCUAAUGCCAAGUUUAUGAAAGGUUUCAGUAGAGAUGCAAAGGUAAUGUAUGAACAAGCAAGUCAAGUGGCACAUGAAGCAAUUGGCAACAUCAGAACUGUUGCAUCCUUUUGUGCAGAGGAAAAGGUGACAAAUUUGUAUGAGAAGAAAUGUGAAGCUCCCAAGAAACAAGGUGUUCAAGAUGGAGUUUUGAAGGGAAGUGGUUUUGGCUUUUCAAACUUUAUCCUCCACAGCACACAUGCUUUUUGUCUCUACAUUGGAUCUAUUCUUGUGCACCAUGGCAAGGCAUCAUUUGAGGAUGUCUUCAGGGUUUUCUUCGCCUUGACUGUUGCAAUAAAUACAGUUUCUGGAACCAAUGAUUUGGCUCUAAAUACCACCAGAGCUAUGGAGGCAAUAGCAUCCAUAUUCAACAUUUUUGACAGAAAGCCAAAAAUUGACUCAAGCAGUGAUGAAGGCAUAACACCAGUGCAUGUGGAUGGAAAUAUUGACUUGCACCAUGUUAGCUUCAAGUACCCAACAAGACCAGAUGUUCAGAUUCUUAAAGACUUGUCCCUUAAAAUCCCUGCAGAGAAGGUUGUUGCCAUAGUUGGGGAAAGUGGGAGUGGGAAAUCAACAAUAAUCAGCCUGAUACAAAGAUUUUAUGAUCCUGAUUCUGGUUGCAUGUACUUUGAUGGUUUAGAUAUCAAGAGCUUGAAAUUAAAUUGGCUCAGGCAACAAAUGGGAUUAGUCAGCCAAGAACCAGUAGUAUUUCAUGAAAGCAUUCGCUCAAACAUAGCUUAUGGCAAACAAGGGGAUGUAAAUGAGGAAGAGAUAAUUGAAGCAGCAAGAGCAGCAAAUGCCCACGAGUUUAUUAGCUCUUUACCCGAAGGCUACAGUACUUCAGUGGGUGAACAAGGAGUACAACUGUCUGGUGGACAGAAACAAAGAAUUGCCAUUGCAAGGGCAAUACUAAGGAAACCAAAAGUUCUUUUGCUUGAUGAGGCCACAAGUGCACUGGAUGCUGAGUCCGAGCAUGCAGUGCAAGAUGCAUUGCAGAAAGUUAUGAUCAAUAGAACCACUGUUGUUGUUUCGCAUCGCCUUUCAUCAAUUAAAAAUGCUGAUAUUAUUGUAGUGGUAAAGAAUGGUGUUAUUGUUGAAAAAGGAAGCCACGAUGCAUUGAUGAAGAUACCAAAUGGGUCUUAUGCUUCAUUAGUCACUCUUUAUCACAACAAAGAUUAACCAUUUUUCUUUUUCCUUAGUUUAAUAUUCCAAAAUUACUUCUUAAUUGAAGAUUAUCUUGUAAGAUUUAGAACUUAGUUUGUUUUACUUUCUUUUCUUAUGAUACAAAACAACAAAAUCAUUUAGGA